AUGUCCAUCUCCUGUGUAAAGUACGCAUUAAGCAUCCUGAUGAAGAAGCCACCUAAACAUCCCCAGACACAUAACACCGCCUCCCUCCCAUUCCAGCCAUUCACAGUCGGAACAUGGGUGUCAAUCCUUGUCGCUUUCAUCGUAGUGUCGCUGGUGCUGUACGGGAUUAGCAGGAUGAACCCUGAGGAACGAGCUGCCGAUCGUGGGGAACAGCACCUCAUGAUAUCUACCGCUUUCUUUAUGACCUUCAGUAUGCUGUCUUUACAGGGAUUUCGCCUGACUCCUACGUCACUUGCCGGACGGACGCUGGUGUGUUUCUGGUGGAUUUUUGCUCUAGUAACUGUCGUUCUGUAUACGUCCAGUCUCACAUCCAUGUUGUUUCUGAAGUUUCCAGACGUCCAGGAUCCUCUUCCGUUUUACACAUUUGAACAGAUGACAGAGCAAUCCAAGAUACAGUUCGGUACUUCAGAAUUUGGUGCUACGAGACAUUAUUUUAAAGUUUCAACAGGUAAAAUUGAAAAACGAAUUAAUCGUUAUUGGAAUAAUCGCCUCGAUGUCUUGGUGUCAUCAAUGUCUGAAGGAAUAUCUCGAGUAAAAGACAGCAACGGAGAUUACGCCCUAAUCAUGGAAAGCGAUGCAGCGUAUUACGAGGCGGCGAAAACGUGCGAUCUAGCUGUAUCAGCAGACCUGAUUGUGGAACGGUCAUACGCCUUCGCCUGCCGACCAGACAUCGACAUCUGUCGGCAACUGGACCAUGCAGUUCUCGAAAUAAAGGAGAGCGGUGAACUUUGGGGGAUUAUGAAUAAAUGGAUGAGCGGGCCGUGUGGAAGCUACUCGGAUAUAUCGUCAUCCCGUCGAUACGUCCCGCCGACGGUAGAUGCGUACUUAGACGUCAAACACAUGGACAUGACGAGAUUCACUGUCCCACUGGUAGUCGUGUCGUGUGGUGUAGUUCUUAGCAUACUGGUGGCCGCUCUAGAGAAAUAUCAAUCCAGGUUCAAGGGGAUGAGCCGGGGUUCGCGUGUCCCGAUGCCUGAAGAUAAACACAGCUUCAGCGACAGCCCUGAUAUUGAUAUCUAACAGUCAAUUUGCUUGAAACAGGAACCAUGGGACAUCAAAAACACGCUUCAAACAGGAGCUAUAGAAUAUCUACCAGUUUAACCCAGGAAACAUGAAAUAUCUGCAACACGCUUGAAACAGGAAUCCUGAAACGUGUUUCACUCAGGAUCCAAAGAACAUCUACAAAACGCUUGAAACAGAAACCGAUCACACACAUAUAUAUAUAAUGAUGCUUAUCAUCACCUGUUCAUGUUUUAUUUCAAUAACUUGACCAGCAUUUAUUCUUUUACUGUGCCUAGUGGUCACCCAGUACUUGAGUUCUUGAAUAUAUAGCCCUUCGUCCACUUAUAUUAAAUUACCAAUAUAAAUUGCCUAGAUUUUUUUUGUUAUCGAGAAGAAAUCGUUUGAAGAUUCUAACACAUUCGACCCCUGUGAUCUUUUAAAAGAAAAAAAGUCAAUCACAUGAACAAAAUUGGAAAUCCUUCAUUUUGGUUACUAUAUUAAGACGUUUAAAGAUAGACAGACAUAUUUGACACUGUGACCUUGAAAGAAGGUCAAGGUCAAUAAUAUGAACAAAAUUCGUAGCCUUUCGUCCAAGCUGGCUACAGGCCCAUUAUCAGUACCCUGGGCCUAUUGCUUAUUGAGAAGUUGUUUGAAGAUUCUAACCCAUUUAACCCCUGUGACCUUGAAAGUAUGUCAAGAUCAUUCAUUUUCACAAUCUUCUUAGCCAUUCAUCCCAUCAUGCUACAGGCCCAAUAUCAGCAUCCUGGGGCUUUUGGUUAUUGAGAAGGAGUCAACUGAAGGGAGAGUUCACACACGAAGGAUGGAGCACGACGGUUGGCCGCCUUCGGGUCAGAUGACAUAAAAUUAUGUAUUAAACGAUGUUACACAUCCGAGUGCCUUUUGUACAAUCUGGUAUUAAUGAGUGAGGGUUACUUGAUUUUACCUAGGUUUGAAAUUUAUAGAAAUGACAGACUGCUUUUUCAUUAUCAAAAGAAUUAUAUUUCAAAAACGACGCCACUUCAAUUCAUCAUCAACAGAUAAAUGUUUCAAGACCGAUAUUAAUAUAUCACCAGAAGUUUCAUGUUUCACGUCGUAAAAACAAUGGUUUGAAAUCAAUACUUCAGAAUAAUGGAAUGUGGAUUCUGAAGUACUUUAAGGGUAGAUGAAAAAUACUAAAAAAAAUAGUAACAAUAACCAUUUCUGGUGGACAACAUGUGGUUAAUAUCUGAAGUGUGGCAUAUCCAUGGGAACACCCUCUUGGCUGACUUAUUUUUGUUUUCAUACAAGAUUUUGUCUGUCGCAGACCUUGUCAUAACAUGCAAGUCCUUGAAUUUCACUUCAGAUAAAUCUGAUAUCUUUCUAUGAUGAUAUGAAUUAUUCAUGAAACAGCAUAUUCAUGGGCUUUUUUUAUGUUAUCAUAUACCGACAUCAUUUUGUAAUGUCACAUUUUAUUGGC